AUGUCUAAUCCUGGACAAAAUCCAGUUCCAAUUCCAGCUAUACCAGUCGUUGCAAUAUCACAAACUUCACAUUCAGAUACUCCUCCAACAACCUCUGUUGUACAAUUACCUCCAGUAAAUGCAGGACUUGGAAAUCCUCAAAAAGUACCUCCAAUAUCAACAAAUCAAGUUCCUGUUACUACAAAGCCAGGUAUAAUUAAUAAUCCCGAACCACAGACAAAUAUUUUAGAUAUAAAUGAGAUUCAUUUCCCAGCUACAAAACAGGUAUUUUCUAGAUCAAGUCCACAUGAAGUUAAAGUAGCAAUUAUUAUGACAAUAAUAUGCUUAAUAAUUGUGAUUGGUUUCACUAUUAGGAAAUAUCGAAAAUUAAGGCGAGCAGGAAAACAAGUACGUGAAGUAACAAAUACAGUUUUCCCAGUACGUAUAGUUAGUCUAUAUUUAUAUAUCUUCCUAUUAUUUCCAAUUGUUGUUUUUAUGCAAUUUUUGGCAUGUAUUGCACCAUUAGGAUAUGGAUCAUAUUCUAUAAUUCAAUCUAUAUAUGAAUCUACUUCUUUUAUAUGGUUAUGGGAAUUAUUUGUUGAGUAUUUUGGGGGUUCCGAACAAAUAGUUAGUGCUCUCAGACGAACAGGACCAUAUAAUAUAUGGAAAGUUCCACCAUUUAUGAUAAGUACAGGUAAUGAGAACUAUUUUAAACCAAAUGUCCUUAUUAUUAGUUUUAUUCUAACUUUACAGUAUAUGCCAGUAAAUAUAUUAAUUACUUUACUAAAAUUUUUAUUACCCAUAUAUUCCAAUUCAUUUAAUAUCCCAUUAAUUAUAUCUCUUAUGAUAGCUUUUUAUGGAAUUAUGCUUGUUUAUUGGCCAAGUAGAGAAGCUCUACAACCUUAUCAAGGAGGAUGGAAACUUGGACUUUUAUUAAUAAUUACUACACUCAUAAUUAUAGUAGAUAUUGUAACAAAAGUUAUACUUGGGAAUUUUGGUCAACAUUCUUUUCUAUAUAUGUUUUAUUGGAGAAUAAUGCUAACUUGUGGAGUAGGUACUAUUGGAACUCUAGUAGCUGCAGGAGUAAUAGAUUCAAAAGAAAUAUAUAAAAUAUAUAAUCUUCCAAUACCAAGUAAAGAUAAAUCUGAAGAAAGUAAAGAAGAAACUAAUAAAAUACUUCCCAAAUAA